CGCCCCUUGCCCCACCCCAGCCGGGAGACUUAGCUGGGGCCGCAGCGCGGCGGCCGCAACAUCACUCUCCCGCCGCUGCUCCGCCCCAUCGCCUUCUGUUUUUCUCUCAUUCUCCCAUUCUCCCGUGGCGGCAGCGGGGAAGGAGGACGGGAGGCUGCAGCCGCCGCGCUGGCUGCAAUGAAUGAUCCCCCGGCCGCGGGGAGAGGACUCAGGUGAGCCUGUGCUCCGGAGGGUCGGGCCGCCCAGGACCUGCAGUCCCCGGCCAUGGAUCCCUAGGGGAAGAAAGAGGGUGUGGAGAAGACAUCUCUGCCUCCCACCCCCAUCCUAUUUCCAUCUUCCUUUAUUUCAUUGUUGGCGAAGCUGUUUACGGCAGCGCUCCCUCUGCCCCGGCAUGGGGCGGGCUCCGGGCACUGCCCUGAGGCUGGCGCGCUUGCCGGGGUAUUCUGCCUGAUUUUACCUCCCCAGCCGGUGCGCCAGGGACCGGAGACCGGUGGAGGCCCGGACUGCAGCAGCCUUGGGGCUACCUCUCAGCAUCCCCACCCUAAGAGGCUGCAUGCGGAUUGAGAGCGGCGCCUGGGGGCUGGGCCGGCCCAGCUGAUCCCGACCUAGAAGCCGGACAGGAAGACCGCCCAGGCUGCGGAGGGGCCGAGCAGGAAGGACAGAACGGCAAGAUGGCCAGUAAGACCAAAUCCAGCGAAGCCCUGAAGGUGGUGGCCCGGUGCCGCCCCCUCAGUAGGAAGGAGGAGGCUGCUGGUCACGAGCAGAUUCUGACCAUGGACGUAAAACUGGGCCAGGUGACCCUGCGGAACCCACGCGCGGCGCCUGGGGAAUUGCCCAAGACCUUCACCUUUGACGCUGUGUAUGAUUCCAGCUCCAAGCAGGCAGACCUGUAUGAUGAAACUGUGAGGCCCCUGAUAGAUUCGGUGCUUCAGGGUUUCAAUGGCACAGUGUUUGCCUAUGGCCAGACGGGCACUGGCAAGACCUACACCAUGCAGGGGACCUGGGUGGAGCCGGAGCUGCGUGGGGUCAUCCCCAAUGCCUUUGAGCACAUCUUCACGCACAUCUCCCGCUCUCAGAACCAGCAGUACCUGGUCCGGGCCUCCUACUUAGAGAUCUACCAGGAGGAGAUUCGGGACUUGCUAUCCAAGGAGCCAGGAAAGAGGCUAGAGCUGAAGGAGAAUCCUGAGACUGGUGUCUACAUUAAGGACCUCUCCUCCUUUGUCACUAAGAAUGUCAAGGAGAUCGAGCAUGUAAUGAACCUGGGGAACCAGACCCGAGCAGUGGGCAGCACCCAUAUGAACGAGGUCAGCUCCCGCUCCCAUGCCAUCUUUGUCAUCACAGUGGAGUGCAGUGAGCGCGGCUCGGAUGGCCAGGACCACAUCCGAGUGGGCAAGCUCAACCUGGUAGAUCUGGCCGGCAGUGAGAGGCAGAACAAGGCAGGCCCCAACACUGGUGGAGGGCCUACCACACAGUCCACAGCUGGUAGUGGUAAUGGAGGUGGUGGUAAUGGAGGUGGCGGAGGCAAUGGAGAAAGGCCUAAGGAAGCCUCUAAAAUCAACCUCUCCCUGUCUGCUCUGGGCAAUGUGAUUGCUGCUCUGGCGGGCAACAGGAGUACCCACAUCCCCUAUCGGGACUCCAAGCUCACCCGGCUGCUCCAGGACUCUCUGGGGGGCAAUGCCAAGACCAUCAUGGUAGCCACACUGGGCCCAGCUUCUCACAGUUACGAUGAGAGCCUCUCCACCCUUCGCUUUGCCAACCGAGCUAAGAAUAUCAAGAACAAGCCCCGGGUGAAUGAAGAUCCCAAAGACACGCUGCUACGGGAAUUCCAGGAGGAAAUUGCCCGUCUGAAGGCCCAGUUGGAGAAAAAGGGCAUGUUGGGGAAGAGGCCCCGGAGGAAGAGCAGCCGCAGGAAGAAGGCUGUGUCAGCCCCACCUGGGUACCCAGAGGGUCCUGUGAUUGAGGCCUGGGUGGCUGAAGAGGAGGAUGACAACAACAACAACCACCACCCACCCCAGCCCAUCCUGGAGUCAGCCUUGGAGAAAAACAUGGAGAAUUACCUGCAGGAGCAGAAAGAGCGGCUGGAGGAAGAGAAGGCCGCCAUCCAGGACGACCGCAGCCUGGUGAGCGAGGAGAAGCAGAAGCUGCUGGAGGAGAAAGAGAAGAUGCUGGAGGACCUGCGGCGAGAGCAGCAGGCCACAGAGCUGCUUGCAGCCAAGUACAAGGCCAUGGAGAGUAAGCUGCUUAUCGGGGGCAGGAACAUCAUGGAUCACACUAACGAGCAGCAGAAGAUGCUGGAACUGAAGCGUCAGGAGAUUGCUGAGCAGAAACGCCGUGAGCGGGAAAUGCAGCAGGAGAUGAUGCUCCGAGAUGAGGAGACCAUGGAGCUCCGGGGCACCUACACAUCCCUGCAGCAGGAGGUAGAGGUCAAAACCAAGAAACUCAAAAAGCUCUACGCCAAGCUGCAGGCGGUGAAGGCGGAGAUCCAGGACCAGCAUGAUGAGUACAUCCGUGUUCGGCAGGACUUGGAGGAGGCACAGAAUGAGCAGACCCGGGAACUCAAGCUCAAGUACCUAAUCAUCGAGAACUUCAUCCCCCCUGAGGAGAAGAACAAGAUCAUGAACCGGCUCUUCCUGGACUGUGAAGAAGAGCAGUGGAAGUUCCAGCCAUUGGUGCCUGCUGGAGUCAGUAACAGCCAAAUGAAGAAGCGGCCAACAUCUGCAGUGGGCUACAAGAGGCCUAUUAGCCAGUAUGCUCGGGUUGCCAUGGCAAUGGGGUCCCACCCCAGGUACAGGGCUGAAAAUAUAAUGUUUUUGGAGUUGGAUGUAUCCCCACCAGCUGUCUUUGAGAUGGAAUUCUCUCAUGACCAAGAGCAAGACCCUCGUGCACUACACAUGGAGAGGCUUAUGAGGUUGGACAGCUUUCUGGAAAGACCUUCCAUGUCUAAAGUGCGAAAGUCCAGAUCCUGGUGCCAGAGUCCUCAGCGGCCUCCACCUGCCACCACACAUGCCUCACUGGCCUCUGCUCCUCUGCACCCCGCAACAGUGGUGGACCAUGAUUGACAACCUUCAGUUAGGCUGCCCAUCUGAUAUUCAGGACAGCCAGCCCUGGCUCAUUUCAUCCACCACUUGAUAACCUCUUCCAUCCUUGAGGGCACUUUUCCAAGGAUUUCAGUGGCCUCACUAAUACUCGACCCAUGCUCUUCAGCUUUGGCAAGAACUCACAGCUUUCAUGCUCUGCUUCCUUGCCCACUUCCAGCACCCUGGGAUGAGGACUAUGAGCCAACCAGUUGUUGCCACCUUGGGAACUGCAGGAGAUGCAACAGUGUUGAGACCACAUAGACUAUCUUCAAGGGAAGUCCCUCCUCUGAUACCUUUGUUGCUGGCCCCUUUGGUGAACAAGCUAUCAAUGAACUCCCCAUUUUUGAGAUGUGACUUCUUCCUGCUUUGAUCAUCAUUCCCGGCAGCUGCCAGACCUUGGUCCAUGGUGGGAGUGAUGAACGUCAUUCUGUCUCUGGCUAGAUGAAGAUACCAAAACGUGUGGUUCCCCUUCAUGCAUCACAGGAAAAAGAGACCCAGGCACAAUCUUUGAAAGAUUUGUCAAUUACUCCAUUUCUUAGUCACAUUUUUGAGAGCACUAUUUUGUUGAAAAUUGAUCCAUUCUUUACUACUGUACAAAUUGGUCCCUCCUCAUCUUCAUUAUGACAGCCCAAAAUGUCUUCAGCUAUUCCAAGUGAUAAGUAAAGUUCCAUCCAAAAGAAAAGUUAACUUUUAUUGCCUUUUUUCCAUGUAAGACAAAAAGGUUCCCCCUUUUUUUGGAGACUGGGUUUUACUAUGUUAUUCUGGCUAAUCUGUCAAAUGCUAAGCAUGCACCCCCACUUCUGGCUUGACCCUUUAUUAUAUUGUAUUUUUGUAGAAAAAAAUUAAAAAAUAUUUUAUUUUUA